AUGCCAAAAACCUACGGCGAUACCGUGAUUCACAUCUCGCAAAUUGACUCUUUAGUCGAAGUGAACGAUCGUGAAAUCUAUGCAAAGCCCGAUCGAGGAAAACCCAGCGAGGUGGAACAAGCGAUCGGGAAGCUCAUUGCCGAGAAUCUUGUUGAGGACGAAGCCACACUGCAGUUGGGAAUAGGAGCGAUACCUGACUCGACAUUGGCUGCUAUGAGAAACCACAAAAAUCUCGGAGUCCAUACUGAGGCAGUCAGCGAUGGAGUAUUGGAACUAAUAGAUGCCGGAGUAAUAACUGGCGCUAAGAAAUCCGUCAUGCCCGGGAAGAUAGUGACCAGUUAUGGAUAUGGUUCGCGGAAGUUUUACAAUGCUGUCGAUAACAACCCUCUCUUUCGUGAGUUCCCAGAAUUUCCUUAA